AUGAUGGAUUUCUACUUCAGUGACGCCAACCUGAAGCGAGAUCGCAUGUUGUCUCGCACAGUUGAGCAGAACGACGGGUAUCUACUCCUUGAGACCUUGCUGACCUUCAACCGCAUCAAGGCCCUGGGCGUGACAGACAGAGGCCAGCUGGUUGAGGCCGCCGGCAAGUCUGAGAUGCUCGAGCUGGACAGCGAGGCAACCAAAGUGAGGCGCGACUUUGAGAAGUUCCCACGGGGCACCUACGACGCAGUCGCCAGGACUGUCUACGUAGAAGGCUUGCCGCUGACCUUUGGCAUAGAUGACCUCACAAAGUACUUUUCGCGCUUUGGGCAGGUGAAGCUCAUCGAGUUGCCCCACCACCGGGAGACUCAAGAGCCCCGGGGCUACUGCUUUGUGGAGCUUGCAUCUUCCAAGGAAGCCGAAGACGUGCUCUCUGAAUGCAACAACCGGUGGCCCUCAAGCUGGCCACAACGGUUUGAUGGCAAGACCUUGCGGGUCAUGCGCAAGGCUGACUGGCAUCAACAGUGCAGAGAGUACAAGGAGAGGCACGCAGCCUCCCGCGGGCCCAAGGAGCCUGAGCAAAUCUUCCGGCCGCCGCCGCCGAAGCCAAAGGCGGUCCCCGGCUGCGUGGUAGCCGUGCGAGACUUGGACGAGGACUGCACGCGCAUGAGCGUGCGGCACUUUGCGGAGCAUGCUGUGGCAGUGGAGUACUGCGACUACCUGCCCGGUGCUUCCGAGGCGCAUUUGAGGCUGAAGAGCCCUGAGGAUUGCACAAGGCUCCUCGAGGACAUGAGGCUGACUGGCAGGAUGCUGGGGGGUCAGUUGCCGAAGGUGGAAGUGCUCUCGCCGGAGGAAGAGGCAAAGUAUUGGGAACAGGUCCAGGAACGCAAAAGUGAUCCUGAGGCCGACAAGUCGCACGCAUUGCUUCGGGCUGCGUCUGGCAUCCGCGAGCGAGAUAUGAAGAUCUCCAGAAUACGCCGGUGGAAGCCCGUGGCGUCGGCAUCUGGGCUGAAGUUCAGGCAGAGCUUCAUCGACACUGCCGGGGGCAGCGCGGACUUUGUGGCUCCGGGGUUCGGGAAGCAUCGCCGUCCUAAGCGGGCGCCCAAGGUCAUUCCGCCCAGGAAGCCGGAUGAGGUUCCCAAGAAGCGGAAGGAGGCCAACCCGUUCCCGGCGGUACCACCCCCGAGCCCCUUCCAAUUGCCGGGCACCACCCGGCCCAAGAAGCGGGGCGAGCGGUUCGCUUUGCCCCCGGCCAGCCCAGCCAUGCCGCCGCCCAGCCCGGCCGGGGGUUUGUCACCGGAGUCCCCAGAGCUCGCCCGCGCCCGGUCCCCAGAGUCAGACAAGCCCUCGGACGCCAACUCCCCCGACAUGUCGGCAGACCGAAAGCCAGACAGCAGCGGAGACGAGGCCAGUGAGCCUCAGGAGGAUGCAGAUUCGCUGUUGGACCAGGCAGACCUGAUCGUGAGCAUGAUGGAGGACUUCAAUUGA